AUGCUGACCCAGGACAAACCUCGCCUGGAACUGAACGCCCAUUUGAGCGUGGAGAGAAUGAGCUGGAUGAGCAGCUGUGGUCCUGAAGGAGGACGAGCUCUUGACCCCGCGCCUGUUUCCGCAGUUCCCGGCGGCACCACCGUGCUGGUGGAGCUCACCCCCGACAUCCACAUUUGCGGCAUCUGCAAGCAGCAGUUCAAUAACCUCGAUGCCUUCGUCGGGCACAAGCAAAGCGGUUGCCAGCUCACUAGUGCGACGGCCGGGGCCACCAGUACGGUCCAGUUUGUGUCGGAAGAGACAGUGCCAUCGACACAGGCUCAAACCACGACCAGGACCAUCGCUUCGGAGACCCAAACCAUUACAGUUUCUGCACCAGAGUUUGUUUUUGAGCAUGGCUAUCAAACGUACCUGCCCAGUGAGAGCAGUGAGCCUCCAGCUGCUGCUGUCGUCUCUACACCACCAAAAGCACGUUCAAGAAAAUCCAAUUCCUCACUUACACAGAAGAAACUAAGCUGCUGCUAUCCAGGUUGCCAGUUCAAGACUUCCUAUGGUAUGAAGGAUAUGGAACGUCAUCUGCGAACACACACAGGAGACAAGCCCCAUAAAUGUGAAGUUUGUAACAAAUGUUUUAGUCGUAAAGAUAAGCUGAAGAUGCAUAUGCGUUCUCAUACUGGGGUGAAGCCUUACAAAUGUAAACACUGUGACUAUGCAGCUGCUGACAGCAGCAGUCUCAACAAGCACCAGCGCAUUCACUCCAAUGAGCGUCCUUUUAAAUGCCAGAUCUGUCCUUAUGCAAGCCGCAACUCUAGCCAGCUAACUGUGCAUCUCAGAUCCCACACAGGAGAUGCUCCUUUCCAAUGUCAGAUGUGUCCUGCUAAAUUUAAAAUCAACUCAGACUUGAAGAGGCACAUGCGUGUGCAUUCCGGUGAGAAACCUUACAAAUGUGAGUUCUGUGAGGUCCGGUGUGCCAUGAAAGGAAAUUUGAAAUCGCACAUUCGUAUCAAGCACAGCAUGGAAAAUACUCUCAAGUGUCCAGAGUGUGAGUUUCAGUGUGGAAACAAAACAAGCCUUCGGCACCACAUAAGAACUCAUCAGCCUGAACAGCCAGUGAAGUGCUCGGAGUGCAACUACUCUUGCUCCAACAAGGCAGCUCUGAAAGUGCAUGAGCGAAUUCACUGCAAAGAUCGUCCUUUCAAGUGUGAGUUCUGCAGCUUUGAUACCAAGCAGCGGAGCAACCUGACAACUCACGUGAGGAAAGCUCAUGGCGACAAAGUCAAGGCCAAGAAGCAAAGUAUGGAGAAGAAGGAAGGAGAUAGGCCAAAGCAAGGUGGCUCCAGGCAAGUUGCCAAAUUGGAUGCCAAGAAAGCAUUUAAGUGUGACCUGUGUGACGCUUCCUUUGUGCGAGAAGAUUCUCUUAGGAGUCAUAAGAAGCAGCACAGUAUGUAUAAUGGAUCUAAAAAUAACGAACUGGCUGUUCUACAGCUCCAGAUGGAUCCCAGUCGGCAGACCAGUGCCCCGAUUACUGUCAGCCACCUCCAAGUCCCACUUCAGGCUGCUCAGGUUUCUCCAUACAAUGAGGGAAGGGUCAAGAUCAUUGUGGGUCACCAGGUCCCUCAGACUAACAGUAUCGUUCAGGCUGCAUCAGUGAAUGUUGUGCCUCCUACAUUAAUUAGCCAGAAUCAGGAAGACCUCUCAGCCAACAGCCGCCUGCAGCUGCUGGGCCAAGUCAGUUUGCUGGCACCACCUCCACCUCCCAUAUCUCAAAGCGAAGCAGGGCCUGUGGCCCAACCAGCAGUUCUUCUCACAACCCAUGACCAAAGCGACGGAAGCGCUUUACAUCAAACUCUGAUUCCUGCUUCCACUCAUACGUUUUACUUGUCUGUAUAUGGAAACAUACAUCUUGUAUGUGAAGAAGAGGAUUGUAUAUUUAUGUGA